UGUUUCUAAAAUUAGGCCUAAAUAUAAUAAAAAAUGGUUCAAUGAAAUUAGUCUUUCAGUAUUGAUCCUAGGUGGAAUCAUUGCUCUGCUGAAAAAAUCGGUGUAUUACAAAAAGUGGAGAUUUUUGAUAGGAAGGUGAGGAUUCGUAUGAAUGGGAGGUCUGAGAGUGGAAGCACCCGGGGAAACAACAGAAGAGAGCCAGAAAAGGCCCGUACUGAUUGGAUGUAGAUUUGCAGAUCGUCGUGAUUACAGCCCGUUUGACAGCGCCAGGUAGGGAAAACAAAGGACAGCCCUCAGGCAAGUAGUAAGUUCCUGUACUCAGACAUGGAGACUCAAGCUAUUAAGAUAGGAUAGUGGGAAAAUAAAGAACAGGGCUGUGCCUUGGAGGCAUACAGACAAAAGAGACAAAAAGCAGGGAGUCGAUAUUGAUGAUUCACAAACGUGUGACACGGUGGAAGACAAAGCAUUUCUGAAUCACUGAUGGCUUACUCUUGCGGGUACAAAUGGCACAUCAGUGAAUGGCUGCCAGCCUAGCCAUCAUCCCUUUAUCCCUGCUCAUUCCUGGUUGGGGCACUUGGGUACCUAUCCAAAUGCGGGGCACACAGGUGGGACAAAUCCCUCUCAACGCCUCUGAGUGUAAGCUAGUGAGUGGUAUCAGUUUUGUGUUACUCUGAACACACCUUUUGCUCCUGUAAACGUGUUUUCUGGCUUUGCUUUGUUGUUGCUGCAGUGUCAUGGUAUCUUGUUACAGCCAAACACUGUUGAUACCAAAGCAGAUACAUAUAGUGGCAGAUACAAAUGCUGGCUUUGGCUGCCAACUUACCGACUGUGGGAGGCUUUGACAUUGAUUUUGAUUAUACUUUUUUCGUUUUGUGAGAGGUGAUUUCCCCAGCACACGUUUCUGGUGCAGGAAACCCUCACUUGUGUUUGUCAUUCAGGAACACGGAAUAUCUCUGUUUCAUCAUAGAAAGUUGUGUGAGUUGAGUGCUGAUUAGUUUUUGGAUUUGGUGACUUACUCUUUUAUCUAAAUAGUGGAGAACUUGCCCUGUUCUCCCUGAUGCUUGCAUGUGUGUCUUUAGUAAACACGUUUUGCUUUUUUUUUUUCUUGGGUCCUUGUUACUAAUUAGUACUUCUGUCUUCAUGUGUUUUGUAGUUGAACACGUUGCUGUGUAUUGGUUUCUCUACACUUUUCACCCUUCAUAUUGUACUUGUGCGUUUUCACAAAAAGAACAAAAGGUGAAGAUGGUCCUCUGGACAAAGUUUUCCCCCAUGCUACAUAUCUCAUUGCAACAUAGUUGGGGCAAAAUGCCAGUUGUUUCUUAAGGUGGCUCGCAGAUGGAGACUUAGCCACACAAGCUCUCCUUGCACUGGGAACAGUGAACAUGUCAGAGCACAGACCAUGAGUGGCAAACAUAUGGGCCAUUUGCUGUGUUAAAUUAUGAAUUGAGCAAUGAAAUUGACAUUAAUUUUUAAUUAGAUACUUUUCCACAGAGGUAGAACUCUUAAGAGUUCUGGAUGAGUAAAAUGUGAUUUGAAGAAACUCUUGUUGUGGUGGAUAGUCUUGGUCUCCAGACUGCAGUAUUUUUUGGGUUCUAGAACCAUGCAGUGUGUGCAUUUAGCUUUGCAUGCUUGAUAAUGUGCCUGUGCAACUGGCUGGGCACUGAACUGGGGGUGGUUUGGAGGACUGAUCUCAAAUCUUAAUGCGAGGAAGGUGAAUCACACUGGGUGUGACCUAUGCUAUGUUUACUGAGGGUUUACACUUAAUCCUGGGGAAGUGUACUGCUGACAGCAGACAUUUCGCCUUUUUAAAGUGUGUGUGACCGAAGGAGUCCAGUCACUGACUGAGUCGGAUGUAGAAGGUUGACUUGUCAGCAGAAGACCCCGUUUUCACCUGCCUGCUCUAAGAUGGUGAUUGCCAAGGCAUGGGUUCUAAAGAAGCAUUUUGAUGGUUUUCCCAAAACCAGUGACUUUGACCUGAAAGAGAUAGAGCUGCCAAAUCUAAAGGAUGGAGAGUUGCUGCUUGCAUCGGUGUUUCUCAGUGUUGACCCUUACAUGAGACCUUACAGUCGAAGGCUCAUGAAGGAAGGGGACAUAAUGAUAGGCACACAGGUUGCCAGGAUUGUAGAAAGCAAAAAUCCUGCUUUUGCAGUGGGGGCCUUUGUCGUGUGUGAUAGGGGCUGGAGAACUCAUUUUAUCUCUGAUGGGAAAGAUCUACGACUCCUUCCUUCCAGUUGGCCGGAAUCACUCCCCAAAUCUCUAGCUCUUGGAACAGUUGGCAUGCCAGGCCUCACUGCAUAUUUUGGUCUGCUGGAGGUCUGCAAGAUGAAGCCAGGAGAGACAGUGCUGGUUAAUGCUGCAGCUGGCGCUGUGGGCUCUGUGGUGGGUCAGCUCGCUAAAAUUGGGGGUUGCAAAGUGGUCGGCUGUGCUGGUUCAGAUGACAAGGUUGCCUAUCUGAAAAAAUUAGGCUUUGAUGAAGCCUUUAAUUACAAGACUGUUAAAUCUCUGCAUGAAGCACUGAGUAAAGCCUCUCCUGAUGGCUAUGACUGUUUCUUUGACAAUGUAGGCGGAGAAUUUGCCAGUGUUGCUAUCAACCAGAUGAAGAAAUAUGGAAGGAUUGCAGUCUGUGGAGCCAUCUCUGAGUACAAUGACUCUGUGCCUCAGAAAGGGCCUUAUGUGCAGUAUCCAAUGAUCUUCAAAGAGCUUCAAAUGGAAGGGUUUCUUGUGACCCGAUGGAACCACCGCCGAGAGGAAGGUCUGAACGCUCUGCUAAAGUGGGUUGUGGAGGGAAAAGUGAAGUACCAUGAACAAGUCACUGAAGGAUUUGAGAACAUGCCAAUGGCUUUUAUUGGAAUGCUAAAGGGAGAAAAUAUUGGAAAAGCUGUUGUAAAAGUGUGAAGUCAGAUAUUCCUGGGAGAAUGACACAGGAGAAUGUUAAAUCCUUUUAAUUCAGUUGUCAAAUCAUACGAUCAGUAUGUUUCAGUCAUUUUGCUGGAUGUUUGGUGAUGGUAACUUCUGUUAAUAAUUUGGCUAAUAAGACUAAGUAUAUUCCAAUUGCUUUGCUCUUGAAGAAAUCAAGAGUUGCUUCCCAGAGCUACACAAAACAAAGUACCUUAAAAUUGCUGAAAAUCAGAAUUGUAAAAGAUUUGAUCGUAGCUUGAACCUUUCAAUGAGCAGGCUUGUAGAAAGGAAAAUCCGUUCGAAAGCUUUGCUAGCUUGUCAGCGAUCUCCGACAAACAGGACGGGGAGCCCAGACAAGCUUUCCAGGAGCUUUUUAUUAUUUUAUUUCUGCAUCAGUCUCACAAGAGAUGGUCUGAGACAUCCAACAACUUCCUGAUUGCAAAGCAUUCUUAAAAGAAGGCAAUGCUUUUAGCCAAUCAACAUGCGUCUAAAAGUUACAGACAGCUGUCUUAACCAAUUCAUAAACAGCACACGUACCUCUGCUAUACACAAUGCUGGCCUAUUAUGCUUUAACAAUACACAAAGUCCUCAUUAUAAGCCUUAAACUUAUCUUUCUUGCUAAGCAUAUUUUUUGCAACUCCAAAAUCUAUCUAGGCCAAACCUAGAAACCCUAACCAUUGUUUUAAUGUCCUUGGUGCUGCAUAACUGUAUCUUCUUCUAGUUUCUCACAGGCAAAGCUGAAUUCUAAAUCCUUUUGCUUUAUUUUCUGAAGCCUGCUUUUAUUUCUCACACCUAAAAUCCUUUCCAGCUUUUGUGUUUCCCCACACUAGCUGAUGGCACAUUUGAUGUUUACCCAUUGAUUUGGCCCAGAACUUUGCAAGGGGGAUUUUUUUUAACCAAUAUCGAGGAGGGGAGAACGAGCUAACCUAACAACAUUUGGGGAUUUCAGCUUCCUCUCUAGCUGGCUUGCUUUUUUUUUUUUUUUAAAUUAACCAAUGUAGCUAUCUCAAUUAUUCGGAGAAUAUGGAAAGAUAAAUCUCUUGAUGUAUA